CCGGAAGUGUGUUUGUUUCAUAGCAGGUAACUGGUCCUGUCCAGCCCACAGUGGCUCGGAUGAGGAAGUAGCUACACUGAUACGUGCGCUGAAUAGGGGAUUUAAAAACAGGUCGGGGAGAACAGGAGACCGCCAGUGUUACUGUGCUGUGCUACACGGAAGGUGCCAGAGUCCCGCAGCCAUGAAGCUUCGACUUCACUUUGUGGUGGACCCCAUGGGUUGGCUGUGCAUCAGUAUGGUGUUUGGGAUUUGGCUCUACAACUCAUUCUUCAUUCCUAAGCUGGUUCUCCUUCCUCACUACAACGAAGGACACAUUCCCUGGGCCAUGGUUGUUUGUUAUUACAUAGCAUCAGCACUCUGCUUAAUGGCCCUGUUCAGAGCUUCCACAGCAGAUCCUGGUCGUCUUCCCGUGGACCCCCACAUACCUCACUCAGAGCGGGAGCACUGGGAGCUGUGCAAUAAGUGCAACUUAAUGAGACCUAAAAGGUCCCACCACUGCAGUCGUUGUGGUCACUGUGUACGCAGGAUGGACCAUCACUGUCCUUGGAUCAAUAACUGUGUGGGUGAAGACAACCACUGGCUCUUCCUGCAGCUCUGUUUGUACACUCAGGUACUAAGUCUGUUCACACUGGUGUUGGACUUCUGCCAGUACUAUUACUUCCAGCCACUGACAGGACUAGACCAGGAGAAGUUUACAACACACCAUGAACUGGCUCUGCUGCGAGUCUCAGCGCUAAUGGGUGUUGUCAUGUUUGGUGGCAUGUCAAGCUUGUUUUACACCCAGAUGACAGGCAUUCUCUCUGACACGACCACCAUCGAGAAAAUGGCUAAUUUCUCAAAUGAAGUAUAUGGCUCAAAGAAAUCCUGGCAGUGGGCGUUAGCUGAAGUCUGUGGCACCCGCUGGAAACUGUUGUGGCUCCUCCCACUCCGAAGCAGGCAGGCGCUCAAGUCCGGCCACCACUUCCGUAGCCAUGUGUAGUUUGGCAGCAGUGCAUUACCUCCUGCCUACACAGACACUUCUACAGGCUGCCGUCAUCAUACACUUUUAUGCACACUUUUAAGAAUCCAUCUGCUCUCCUUCACUGUCCUUUUUUUGUGGAUACCGGAAGAUUUUAUUUUUCAUGUUUGUGUGUGUGUUUUUUUUGCCUUUCUCUACAAGACCCAGACUGGCAGUUAACAGGGUCAAGAAACACCUUUGGGAGUACUGGGAAAAUCUUGUUUUUUGUUUUGUUUUUUUAACUCGCUGCUGACUUUGGCUGCUACUUUUAGCAUCGGAAACAACUUUAAUCGCUAACUGCAUCAGGAGGAUGGAAGUCUUAUCUGGAAGCAGUUGGCCAAAGGGACCCUUUCUCAGGUUAUUGUAACAAAAAAGGAGCCUUUACUACUGACCUUUGAUCAACCACAGACAGAACUAGGGUUAGAGUGUCUGUCAGAAAGGCAAUUUUCUUUUGUAUGAAGUUUGUGCCUUGUUUUUUUUUUGUUAUUUUAGCGAUAUCUAGUUUGUUCUUUAUGUCUGUUGGUUUGUGAUCUUCCAGCUUUGAAAUGUCCUGUGAUUGGUGAAGGGAGCUGGCAUCCCCUAAUUGGGAAUAAUUUGAGUGUUUUACUUGCAUUUCUUUUCUUUGAACAAUUGUAUUUAUGAAAUUCUAUGGAGCAUGGCCACAGAACAAAGUGAUUUGAUGACACAAGACCAGCCAAGAAGAAAUAUGUGGAAUAAGGUGGAAAGUCCUUCACCAUGUCAUGGUAGAAAAUAUCCAAAUUUAAGUUGAUACACUUUUCUAUAAUUAACAUUAUUUUGGUAGACAAAUUAUGUUGCUGUAUGUUUCACAGUUAUGCUCCAUUCUGUCAAAAAUCCCUGCUGUUUAAUUAUUAAUUUUAAAAUGUCAUUUUGGGAAAUAUAGUUGUUACAUUUUCUUGUUCAGAGUUAGACAAGACGAUUGUCUUCACUCCAUGUCUGUAUCUCAAAUGUGAAGCUACAGCCAGCAGCUGAUUAGCUUAGCUUUCAUAUAAACACAAACAGACCUUGAAGUUUUUCCACCAGUUAAAAUAAGAUCCAGUGCAUUAGGAGUUCACUGGAUGUGGCUGGGGUUCAUUUUGCAGUGUCCAAUUUACAUGGUAGUGUCUACCUAAUCUUCCUGGUCUUUACAGCUAAUCUAAGAUAAACUAAUCACAUGCUGGUUAUAACUUCAUGACUUUAAAUCCAACGUAUCAACCGUAGCACUUACAAAACAUGGGAACAUGUCGUGUGUCAUGCCAUGCUGCUGACCAAACGAUUAUAUGUGAUUCACACUUCUCAUUUUUAGCGCUGCAGCUAAAUUAGCCAGCUUGUAUCAUUAAGCUAAUUAACACUUGACACGGCACUGAACAUUCACGAGUCAUGGUGUCUUUUUGCUGUAACUCUGUGGUACUCAUAUAUUUAUGUCUCUACGAGGAUGAAGUACACAAUAAUACUCGCAUAGUGUGGUUGUCAUUGCCUAUAAAUACUUGGCGAUAGCUUGACCUGUACGUAAACAAAGCAUUUCCACGCGUUGGAAACAUCAUUUCGGUGUAGUUACAAGUGCCUGUGUAGGUCGACUGUUUCACGCUCACGUGUCAGCACGUGACAGGUUCAUCAUCAAUAUUGUGUUGGUCUCCGUACAAGCCAAAGAUAAGGAGAAAUGUUGCAAUAGCUAGAUAACAUUCAACAGAUGUUUCACUGAUAUGACCUUGAACUGGGAAGAAAAGUCGUCACUUGAAGUUAUUUGUGUCAGAUGUGUAUGCUUUGUUUUUAUUCAUAGUUUUAAUCAAAUGCAGGGCUGCAACGAUUAUUCGAUUACUAAAUCAAUCAUAAACAAAUUUUUAACUUUUAUUUAUAAUUAAAACGAGUUCUCUGAUUGUUUUCUGGUUUCUUUGCUUCAUAUGACAGAAAGAAAUCAUUAAGACUGAAUCAUUUUGACAUUUGAGAAGGAUCUCAAAGUAGAGAAUUAUUUCAAUUAAAGUGCGAAUGUGGGACAUGUCAUUUAAAAUUUGUCUAAAAUUGUACAGUAAAAAUGUCUCAUUUCCAGUAUGCUAGUAGAGCAAUGUGUUGAACACAACUUUGUCAGCGCAGAAGUCAUUGACAAUCUUUCAUUUUCUGAUGCAUAAAAUAUUAUUUUAUGCACGAAACAGUUACUAAAGGAAAUUAUCGACAGAUUAAUCAAUUGUGAAAAGAAUCGUUGCAGCCCUGGUCAAAUGUUUCACAUUUGCAUGUGUGUGUUUCUAAGAUUCAGGUAUUUGGGUGUUUGUGAUCUUUUUUGUGUGAGCGAUUGUCAGUAAAAGAAGGAGGUACGACUGACAUCAUGUGCAGAAUGUCUAUAUAUAUACACACUGUAUAUAUACAUAUAUAUGUAGGUACAGUACUGUGCAGAAGUCUUAGGCCACCAUUAGAUUUGUUGUUUUAGCAAUGCUAUAACGACAAUAGAGGAUAAUUAUUUCUAUUUCACUUUACUGGACCACAUCCAGAAAAUAUAUAUGCAGUUUUUUGUUUAAAAAAAAAAAGAAAAAGGAAAUCCUCUACAGGUGUCAAGUAUUUAGUGUGGUCUACCCUUACACUUAAACAAUAACACAGCUCUGUUAAUACUGGAGUGGAACCUUAAUUAAUGUUACUGGUAAAUCCUUUGUUUGUCCUACUAUUUCAUUUAUAUGCUGUAAAAAACAUGCUUGAGCAUUACAUACACAUGUUGCAUGAGUUAAACUCAUUGACAGCUUUAAGUCGCAUCACUUCAUUCCAAAUUCCAAUGAUCACAGAUUUUGACAGACAGAAAAAAACAACAGAGCUGGUGGUGCCUGAAACCUUUGCACAGUGCUGUAUGUAUUUUUUAUUUAAAGCAAUAAGCAUUGUGAGUUUGCAUGUGUAAAACCAUCUUUAUUGUUAGAACAGUUCAAAUCUGAGUAUAUAAACUGGGAAGAAGGGUGUCACUUUCUACUCACUAAACGGUGAUAACCAGAGUUGAUUGACUGUCAUACAUUAGUAACCUCAGCCAAGACUGUAGCUACUGUGCAUAGAUGUAAAGCAUAUAUUGUUAUAUUGUUAGCAAGAUGCUAACAGAAAGGAUCAAAUUCAUUUGUUGAAACAGUUAAGCACGCUCACUCACUGGCGUCCCACAGAGCUCUCUGUUUGGAUCUCUCUCAUUUUGUUUUUCAAAUCUACAGUUCUUCAUGUGUUUUUGGAGCUAUAUAUAUAUUUUUAAAAUUCAAACCUCAAGCACUGGAGCAGUUAUGUUUUGUGACCUUAAUUAAUGCACCACAAACACUGUAUGUUAUUUAUUUCUUAAUGUAUAGAAACCCUGUUAAAAAAAGAAUAAUUACUUUACAGUUAACGAUACCGUAAGUGUGUUAAUUGUGAUGACAUCAAAUAUUCCAAUAAAUUUGAUUAUGACUA